AAAAAGAAGAAUAUAACCUAAUACUGUCAAGUCGUUGUUCUGUCACCUCUGUCAAUUUCUUUCAGAAAUUGUUUUAUUCAAAAACAAUCAUGGGUAAGGUGAAGUGUUCAGAAUUAAGGACCAAGGACAAAAAGGAGCUAACGAAACAGCUCGAUGAAUUGAAAACGGAGUUAACUUCCCUCCGGGUAGCUAAAGUUACCGGUGGAGCUCCGUCUAAACUCUCAAAAAUCCGAGUUGUGCGAAAAGCAAUCGCUCGCGUGUACAUUGUUAUGCACCAGAAGCAAAAGGAAAAUUUGCGCAAACUGUACAAAGACAAGAAAUACAAGCCCUUAGAUCUACGACCCAAGAAGACCCGUGCUAUCCGUCGUGCCCUUACCACACACGAAUCGAGGAUCAAGACACCCAAGGAUAUCCGUAAGCGCUCUGCAUUCCCCCCAAGGAAAUUCGCAUUGAAAGCUUAGUUUGUAAUGAAUUAAUAAAUUGUUUAAUACAGUUCAGUGCUGAUUUAUUUCGAAUU